AUGCCCGACGGGCAUUCAAAUUCCCCAUCAUUUCAGGGCGGAGGGCAUAACGAAGGGGUCGUUAUUGAUAAUUCUUCUGGUUAUGGCGGACAUGACAACCUGCUGCCGACCAGUAGCGAAAGCUCCAAUCCCCGAAAACGCGGUCGUAGGGAGGCCAGUACCAAGCCUGAGGAUGGCGGCGACAAGAAGCGAGGAAGGGGACGGCCGCGGCUAAACGCGAAUGACGAGACGGCAGCCGAACGCCGAAGAACCCAAAUACGCCUCGCCCAGCGCGCCUACCGUAACCGCAAGGAAACCACCAUCUCUUCCUUGGAGCAGCAGGUCCGUGACCUUGCGGACACCAACGAUGAGAUGAGCAGUGCUUUCGCAGCCCUGCAGGAAUUUGCUGCCUCCAGAGGGCUGUUUGAGCAGGUCCCUGAACUCGGGGCCCAGUUGCAGUCCGCCGCUGAGAAGUUUCAGGCCCUCAGUAAAAAGUCUCCUAACCCCAGGCAUCACGAUGACGGUUCUAGGGACCGGUCGGGAAGCGGUUCUAGCUCUCCAGAUGCAGCGUUUGCUACCCCCCAGCAGCCUGCGUCUCGAAAAGAUCGGCACACAUAUGGCGGUGCGGAUUUUGUUCACGAGACCACCACGCAACAUGGUCUUGCCACACCGCUCCCAUACCGUUCUUCCCCAGAGAGGCACAGUCCUGGCAUGCAACAGCGACAACAGCUCAUCACUGCGCCUUCAAACUCCGUCGACACCUCUGGCUUCGAGGUCAUCACUCAGCCGACUUACGAAAACGCCAGCUUUCCCGUCCUGUUCACUGACGAUCAACUCAGCUAUGACCUCGGGUAUAACCCUUCCCCAUUAGGAACCGCGCCAUCUCCGCCGCGGAGUUAUUCUCCUGCAGAAAACACCUUUGGCCGACGCCUACAGCGCUUCGCUCUCGAGUGCGGCUUGAGGCUGAUCUCGAUGCCUAACCCGCCACCCCUCCCGCUGGUUCGCGUCUUUGGUUUCUGUCUUCCUUUCGAAUCGCCAGACAUGAUACGCGACCGCCUACAGCGAUCACUCCAACGACAAGAGAACCAGAGCCUCAACUUUUGGGAGUUUCCCUUCCACAACCUCGGUGGAGCGGGGACCCACUUUCAGCCAAUGCCUGGGGCAAUGGUAGGCAACCAAGGGACCGUCGAUUUGAUGCGAAACAGUAUAGGUGGUGGGUUUCCGAUUGGUCCGCCUACAGUGCCCGUUGCUGAGAGUCGGGAGAAGAUGGAUAAAAAGCAGAGGAUCUCGGUUCCGGGCUAUGAAGGAGACUUUUACGAUGCCGAGGAGGUAGAGAUCUAUCUCCGUCAAAAGGGGAUACACAUUUUGCCCAGGCAAGAUGUUGUCACUGCCGAGAUUGAUUUUUCAUUGUUUGAUAACAAGAAACCGACGGUUCAGCAGCAGCCACAGUCACAGCAGCAACAAUAUCAAACACAACAGCCGCCACAGCAACAAUAUCAACAACAGCCACAACAGCAACAUUAUCAACAACAACAUGAACAAGCAGCUUACGAUCUGUCACAACCAUCUGUGGGCAUGUUUACAGGACAAGUCUAUGUGGGAAUGCCGGAAGUCACCAACAUGGGUCACUUCUUAGCUCAGGCACAUCCCGGGGUGGAAGAAAACGUACCAACUCUUCCAGUGCUGGGUGAACAAACACAUUCUCCCGCGCUAGCUGGACACCUGAACUCCGGGAUUGUUGUUAGUCCCACUGGCAGCCAAGAAACCAUCAGUGGUGGUACGGCUCUUGAUAGAUACAUACUGCCUGACAAUCAGUUUGUGGGGGCCGCGAACAUGAGAGCGCCCAUUUCCUACGCAACAACAACAUACCAAGACCCGAACAUACCCUCUUAUACGACCCAGAUGCCGCAGUUCCACACGAGUCGAUCGACGACAACGCUGAUCACUUUGGACGUUAACAUUUUUAUCAAGAAAUUGACAGAGACGACAACUUGUCUGGGCAGAUCGCCCGGUUUUAGGCUGGAGAACGUACACAAGGCGUUUAUGGCCGCUAUCAUGAAAUGA